AUGUUGACAAACACAUUUGACUUGUGUCAAAAUGAUCUCAUUUCGCGCGUGCAUUUCAUCCUCUGGGCUCAGAUCACGUCUUUCGGCCAGUUGUCCUCAGUUAGGCGAGCCUCAACAUUUUACAAUGCGUCAGUCGCGGGGUUGACAGACGAAGAGGCCGAGUUUCGAAAUGCAGUCUACGAUUUUGCACAAAAGGAAGUUGCCCCCCGAGCAGCUGAAAUAGACAGGACGAAUACUUCACCAAUGGACCUUUGGGAAAAGCUAGGAUCUAUGGGUCUGCUGGGCAUCACUGUCAACGAAAAAUAUGGAGGCCUCGGGUCCGGAUACCUCCAGCAUACCCUGGCCAUGGAGGCCUUGUCUGCGCUUCGGGAUCUGUCGCAUUAUCUUACGGUGCCCACUCGAACCUCUGCGUUAAUCAAAUACACAGACACGGCACCACUCGGGGCCCUUGCCAUGAGUGAACCUGGCGCAGGCAGUGAUGUCGUAUCUAUGCAGUUGAAAGCAACUCAGAAAGACGGUGGCUAUGUGCUCAACGGAAACAAGUUUUGGAUUACCAACGGCCCUAUAGCAGAUACCCUAGUCGUAUACGCAAAAACUGGUGAAGGAUCCAAGGGAAUUACUGCGUUCAUUGUUGAGAAAGGCGCCCCAGGAUUUUCUACUCACCAGAAACUUGACAAGUUCGGGAUGCGGGGUAGCGAUACAUGCGAACUAGUUUUUGAAGAUUGCUUCAUUCCCAACGAGAAUAUCUUGGGGAAACUGAACAAAGGGGCUGGAGUAUUGAUGAGUGGACUGGAUCUAGAAAGGCUUGUUUUGAGUGGUGGACCCCUAGGUCUAAUGCAGGCCGCAUUCGAUGUGGCGGUAGAGUAUGUUCACGAACGGAAGCAAUUUGGUCAACCUGUUGGUGCCUUUCAGUUGAUGCAAGGGAAGAUCGCAGAUAUGUACACAAAGCUUAACGCCAGCCGUAGCUAUGUGUAUGCUGUGGCCAGGGCAUGUGAUCGAGGUGACAUUAGUCGUCGCGACUGUGCCGGUGCGAUUCUAUACUCGUCGGACAGGGCUGUAGAAGUGGCCAUGGACGCAAUGCAAUGCUUAGGUGGGAAUGGGUACAUCAAUGAUUACCCAACUGGCCGCAUCCUCCGGGAUGCGCGACUCUAUUGCGUCGGUGCCGGCACUCAGGAAAUUAGGCGAAUGUUGAUUGGCCGGGAGUUCAAUGUUGAACUGAGUUGA